UAACAAAGCAUCCACCACGUCGGAAAUUAUAAGAGCGCAACAUGCCAGCUUGCUAAACAACUACUUGACUGACGAUUUCCAGGUGAUGUACACUGACGUGUCCUUGUCUGACGAAAGGACAGGAUGUAGUGUGUAUGACCUUGCUGACAAAUCUGAACAUGCCUUUCAUUUUCCCCUCAAGACUUCUUCCACUUUCGGUGAACUCCUCGCGAUUGAGGAGGCUAUCGAAAUUGCAAGAAGGAAAAGUGUCAGAAAACUGGUAAUUUUCACGGACAGUUUGAGCUCUUGCCAAAUUCUUAGCAAACCCAAACCGACGAAUAGCAUUGCUUGCAGAAUUUUUAGAAAACUUUCCGAACUUAACAUCAUAACAGACAUUGUGUGGACGCCCAGCCACAAAGGCAUACCAGGGAACGAAAAAGCGGACGAAGUUGCGAAAAGUGCAACGAGAAAUAGCCCCAGUAGAAAUUGCAAACUCACCAUGGACGAAGCCUAUAGGCAGUUAAAAGACGACCUUUUCGCAAAAUGGUAUGAAAAUUUCAAAGCCUACUCGGAUGAACACCCAAACCUCUUUGCUUCCACUUUCCCAACGACGAAAAAGACAACGUGGUUCAGGAAACUGCUGUUGCCCCCUGCUGAGGUCAAAAGAUUAAACCGUGUACUAUCUGGUCAUACGUAUGACAGGGCGUAUCUUUGCAAAAUCCGCGCAAUAAGAACGAAUCAAUGUUGUUGUGGACAGACUGACGGUUACGUGCACCAGACCUUCCACUGUAGAAGGCUCAUGAACUUGCGAUCCAACUUUGAGAUUUUUCAAAACCACGGAACUUUUUCAGAAAUUUUUAGAGGAAGCAACACUGCCAAGAUUACGCAACUUUCCAAUUUUUUUCAAAAAGCCAAUGUAAACUUUUAAAGUAAAAAAUUCAUGUCAAUUCAAACCCCUUUUCCUUUACUAUGUAUAUACGUAAAUAACUUUCAAGUUACAGCAAUCCGUACCCACUACGCUCAAACCCUCACAAUUCGCGCGUGCCGAAUAUACGCAAACGUACUGUAAAUCAAACGAUUGCCGCAUGAAGUUCACUCAUGCAUGGAAACUGCUAAGCUGAUGCAGCCUACUAUUCACUAUCAUCAAUUCGUACCUCUUGGAUUUGCCACUUCAUAAAAUCCUUUCGUUUUAAAUUGGGACUGACAGCAACACAGGCGCUAAUUUUGGAUUUAACGCAACUUUCCAAAUCCUUCGUUUCUGAUGAACAAAGCGUUUCAAGCAACACACCGUUUCUACACAUGACUCAAUAAUGCAAGUCUUCAAGGGUUAAUAUGCCAAUUUGACAACAAUACAAAAUAAAUAAUUGAAAAGGACUCAAGCAAAGCAGAAACUGUUACAUAUGGUUCUGGCCCUCAGUGGUAUUAUCACUCAUGCAUCAGUGGAGCAACCUUGGACACAGCAGUCGGAUGUUUAUAUACAAAGAGGCAUAUUUGAAGGCAGAGGAAUAACCUGGCGGUGGUUUACACUGUAAACCGGCCAACCUACCCAAAUCCCAAAAAAAAAAAUAAAUAUAUAUCUGGAGGUGUUUAUUGCAGA